UGCUCCCACGUGGUAUACACGUAAGCAAAAAAAAAAAAAAAAACCGGGUUCAACUGUCCAAGUGUUUUCUUUCACAUUUUCAGCUUAUUUCUUUUUUUUCUUUCCAUUUUUUCUAUUAGAACAAACAAAACUCAGAUAACAUAUCACCAGGAAUUGUUUUCAACUCUCAAUUCUGUAAUUUUCUUUUUGAUUUUUUUAUUAUUUCCCCUUCAUAAUCUCAUUUCGUCACCUACUGUCACUUGUUUCUCACUUUUAAAUUUAUAAAAUAAUUUUAAAAAAAUAUUUUAUGAAUUUUCUAUGCGCCAAACUUUCUCUCAUUUUCCCUCAAUCAUUUCAUUUUCUUUGCCUUUCUCUCCGUAUCUCUCUGUGAUUUGCCGUUUCGGUCACGUAUUGGAAAAUGAAUUGAAAUUGUUAGUAAUUCUAUGAUAAGAAAUCUUCAUUCAUUUGAAUAAUUUGGUGCGUUUCGGAGCGGGCAUUGACGGAGAAUUGUGUUGAUUUUAAUUCUAUGAGAAAUGUGAUCCAAUUUGCGGUGAUAGGAAGAAAACGUUUUGGAUACUAUCGGCGUAGUAACAGCGCCAUCAGAUGGCGCUGUUCAGACGCUUGUUUUACCGGAAGCCGCCGGAUCGGCUUCUCGAGAUCUCCGAACAUGUCUACGUAUUUGACUGUUGCUUCACUGCGGACGUUUUGGAAGAAGAUGAGUUCAAAGUGUAUAUGGGUAGCAUUGUGGCACAGCUACAAGACUACUUUCCAGAUGCUUCUUUCAUGGUUUUUAAUUUCAGAGAAGGGGGCAGCCGGAGCCGAAUUUCGGACAUUUUAAGCGAGUAUGACAUGACAGUUAUGGACUACCCACGGCAAUAUGAGGGAUGCCCGUUGCUGCCACUUGAAAUGAUUCAUCACUUCCUUCGAUCGAGUGACAGCUGGUUGUCAUUGGAAGGGCAGCAGAAUGUGCUUUUGAUGCACUGUGAAAGAGGAGGAUGGCCUGUACUUGCUUUCAUGCUUGCCAGUCUUCUGUUAUACCGAAAACAAUAUAGUGGUGAGCAGAAGACUCUUGAAAUGGUCUACAAGCAAGCUCCUAGGGACCUUCUCAAGCUUCUGUCCCCUUUGAACCCUCAGCCUUCUCAUUUGAGAUAUUUGCAGUAUAUUUCUAGAAGGAAUUUGAGUUCUGAUUGGCCUCCUGCACAUACACCUCGAGAUUUGGAUUGCAUAAUUCUUAGAGUUCUUCCUCUUUUCGAAGGGGGAGAAGGCUGCAGGCCAGUUAUACAUGUUUAUGGAAUGGACCCCAAAACACCAGCCAAUAGAAGUUCUAAGCUUCUGUUUUCAACUUCAAAGACGAAAAAGCAAGUUCCUUACUUCCGAAAGGAAGAGUGUGCAUUGGUGACAAUAGAUACUCAUUGUCAUAUUCAAGGGGAUGUUGUGCUUGAGUGCGUCCAUUUAUAUGACGAUUUGAUACAUGAAGAGACGAUAUUCAGAGUUAUGUUUCACACAGCGUUUGUUCGAAGAAAUAUUUUAAUAUUCAAUCACGAUGAUGUUGAUGUGUUGUGGGAUGCCAGGCAUCAAUUUCCAAAGGACUUCACAGUAGAGGUGGUUUUUAUGGACCGUGAUGCGGUUGUCCCUAAUCUCCCCAGAGUCGCAACAAAAAGUGAAGAUAGGAAUGACGGUGAAUGUGCUUCACCAGAGGAAUUUUUCGAGGUGGAAGAGAUCUUCAGCAAUGCAGUUGAUGCGCUGGAGGGAAAGGUUGAUGUGCUGGAUGGAAAAGUCGAUGCGCUGGAUGGAAAGGUGGAUUACAGCAGUCAGAUAGUUCAUGAAAUCAAGCCAGAGCAGAAAGAUAUCUCGAGAGAGGAUGUAGAUUCCCAUGUGCUGGAUGGAAAGGUGGAUUACACCAGUCAGAUAGGUCAUCAAAACAAGCCAGAGCAGAAAGAUAUCCUGAGGGAGGAUGUAGAUCCCCAUGCACUGGAUGGAAAGGUGGAUUAUGACAGUCAGAUAGUUCAUGAAAACAAGCCAGAGCAGAAAGAUAUCUUGAGGGAAGAUGUAGAUCCCCUUAGAAUUCAAGAAUGUUCCACAUAUGAUGGGAAUAAAAAACAGGAUGUCAAGUUUGAUUCUAGUAUAGAUGCAGUGAAGGACAUAGCUAUGGACGAUGUGAAUUACAAAAUACACAUGAAGCUGGAUUCUGACGUUAAUGCUGUGAAAGACAUAGCUGUUGAUGAUGGAGACAUUAAGGUCGGUUCAGUGGAAUUUACUAUCAACCUGUUGAGAGAGAGAGAAACCAAGGAGGUGACAGAAGAUGUGCUUGGCAAGUUGGAAGACACAGCAGAAACAGGCAAUAGAGAAGAAGCUGUUCCACUGAAGAAGCAAAGGUUGAAAACCGAUGUUUCCAGACCUAAACCCGAGAAAAUACUGCCUAUUUCAAAGAAACAAGACGGGCUGUUUCCAAAACCAGCUUCAGAUUCUGCUCUGGUGAAACCAAAGAGCCGACAACUAGAACCUCAGGGCCAACCUGCAAGGCCAGCAAAGCCAAAUGCCGUAUCUCGGUGGAUCCCUCCUAACAAGGGAUCUUAUGCUAAUUCAAUGCAUGUAUCAUAUCCACCAUCAAGACCUAAUAGUUCACCACCUGUACCAUCCAGUACUUUGAGGAAAUCGAAGUCUGUUUCCAAUCUAAAGGGUUCUACUGGAGCUGUGAUUUCAAAGGAUGUUUCAUCCAAGCAAAAAGUUCAGAAGGUUGACGAUACAAAGACUUCAAAGGAUUUUUCAUCCGAGCAAAAAGGUCAAAAGGUUGACCUUACAAAGCCUUCAGACUAUCCAAAAGAAAUAUAUGCCGCUCCAAUAAUUCCAACACCACUGCCUGGCUUACAGCAAUCAGUAUAUAUUCCACCUAGCACACCAGCAGCCGCACCACCACCUGCUCCUCCUUCCCCACCUCCACCAAGAUCUUUGUUGGCUUCACAAUCUUUGGAAGAAAAUACAAUAUCUAUACUACCUCCCCCACUUUCUGGAAAUGUUUCUAGAAUGUCUUUUGCUGCAUUACCUACCCCUCCUUCUCCUCCUCCUCCUCCUCCUCCACCACCACCACCUUGCACAGCAGCAAAAGUACAUACUACUGGGAUGCUUUCUCAAAAUCCAGUGGCAGUUCCUCCUCCUCUACCUCCCUUUCCCCCAUUUUCUAAUCCUCAGAUUUCUAAACUCUUUUCGUCUCGUCCACCACCUUCACCACCUUUGAAGUCUAGGUUUUCUUCAGCUUUCUUUAAUGUACUACAUUCUCAAGCUCCUCCUCGCCCAUCUCCUGUCAGAUCAUUAGGUACAUCAAAACUUGGUAAUGUACCUUCUUUCCAUCAAAAGCCCCCUCCCACUCCUCCAACUCAAGGUGCUAUGGCUCCAUCUAUCAUGCAUGAAGUGCUAUCAGUACCUUCUCCACCCCUAACCCCUCCAUUGUGUGAUGCUCCACCCUCCCCUCCCCUCCCACCUCUAGAGCCCACUAGACAUGUACCUUCGCCACCCCCACCCCCCCCACCACCUCCUCAGUAUAGAGCUUUGGCACCUUUAUCGCAACCAAUGCCUCAUUACAUAGCUUCUACUCCACCAAUACCACUACCACCACCGUUAUUGCUGGGAAUGCAUGCAUCUUCUUCACUGCCCUCACCAAUGCCUCAUUCUCCAUCUCCUCCCCUUGAAGUACCCCCAUUGAUGUCUAUUACCCCAUCUCCUCCACCACCUCCAUUAACUAGUGCCCCAACUCCACCUCCACUACCCCCAUCAAUGUCUAUUACCUCAAUUCCUCCUUCACCACCCUCAUUGAUCUGUAGUGCCACAAUUCCUCCUCCACCUCCAUCACAACCCCCAUCGAUCUCUAGUGCCCUCUCUCCUCCACGUUCAUCACCCCUAUUGAUGUCUAACGCCUCACUUCCUCCGACACCUCCAUCACCCCCAUCAAUAUCUAGCUGCCCUCCUCCUCCUGCUCUUCCACUCCCAUCAAUGUCUAGCGUCCUACUUCCUCCUCUAGCUCCACUACCCCCAUUGAUGUCUAGUGUUCCACCGCCACCUCCACCUCCUCCCCCUCCAACACCAUCACUCUUAUCAGUGUAUGGCACCCCACUUCCUUCAUCUCCACUAGCCCCAUCAAUGUCUAAUGACCCACUUCCACAACUCUCAUCAAUGUCUAAUGCCCUACUUCCUCCACCUUCACCACCCUCUUUGACGACUAUUGCCCCACUUCCUUUUCUACCUUCACCAUCCUUUUCAAUGACUAGUGUCCCACCUCCUCCACGUCCAUCUCUAUCUCCCCCAUUGACAUCUAGUGCCCUAAUUCCUUCUCCGUCUUUACCAUCCUCUUCAACAGCUAGUGUCCCACUUCCUCCUCCACCUUCACCACCCUCAUCAGCAACUACUGCCCCACAUCCUCCUCCACCUUCACCACCCUCUUCAACGACUACUACCCCACUUCCUCCAACCUCACCACCUUUUUCAACUACUAUUGCCUUGUCUCCUCCAUCUUCACCACCCCCACCAAUGUGUAGUACUCCACUUCCUCCAUUUUCACCACCCUUUUCAACUACUAUUGCCUUGUCUCCUCCAUCUCUACCACCCCCACCAAUGUGUAGUACUCCACUUCCUCCACCUUCACCACCCUCUUUGACUAAUAUUGUCCCAUUUCCUCUAGCUCCACAACUCCCAUCAAUGUCUAGUGCCUCACUUCUUCGACCUUCAUCACCCUCUUCGGUUACUAGUGCCUUACCUCUUUCAAUUCCACCACCAUCUCCACCUCCCUUAUUGAUGUCUACUGCCUCGUUUCCUCCUCCAUCUUCGCCACCCUCCUUGAUGACUAGUGCCCCACCUCCUCCAUCUCCACUACCCCCAUCAAUUUCUAGCACCCCACCUCCUCCCCCAUCGGUAUCUACUGCUCCACUUCCUCUUUCACCUUCACAAACCACUUUGAUGACUAGUGGCCCACCUCCUUCACCUUCACUACCAUCUCCACCUCCCACAUUGAUGUCUACUGCCCCACUUCCUCCUCCACCUUCACCACCCUCUGCAACGACUAGUGCCCCACCUCUUUUGUCUCCACCACCCCUAUCAAUAUCUAGCAUCCAACCUCUUCCCUCAUCGAUGUCUACUACUUUAAUUCCUUGUUCUUCUUCACCAACCACUUUGACAACUAGUGCCCUACCUCCUCCAUCUCCACCACCCCCGUCAAUAUCUAGCACCCCACCUCCUCUUUCACCAACCACUUCGAUGACUAGUACCCCACCUCCUCCAUCUCCACCACCCCCAUCAAUAUCUAGCACCCCACCUUCUCCCCCAUCUAUGUCUAAUGCUUCAAUUCCUCCUUCACCUUCACCAAAUACUUUGAUGACUAGUGCGCUACCUCCUCCACCUUCUCCAUCUCCACCACCCCCAUCAAUAUCUAGCACCCCACCUCCUCCUUCAACAACCACUUUGACGACUAGUGCCCCACCUUCUCCAUCUCCACCACCCCCAUCAAUAUCUAGCACCCCACCUCCUCCUUCAACAACCACUUUGACAACUAGUGCCCCACCUUCUCCAUCUCCACCACCCCCAUCAACUUCUAACACCCCACCUCCUCCCCCAUCGAUGUCUAGUGCUUCACUUCCUCCUUCACCUUCAUCAACCACUUUUUCAACUAGUGCCCCACCUCCAUCUCCACCACCCCUAUUGGUGUCUAGUGCCCCACCUUCAUCACCCUCAUCGAUGUCUAGUGUCUCACCUCCUCCACCUCCACCACACUCAUCAAUGUCUGGUGUCCCUCAUCCACCCUUUCCCUCAUUGCCUGGAGUGCCACCUCCACCUACCCCCCUUGGAGCACCACCCCCACCACCUCCACCUGUUAAUGAAAUUUCAGCACCAGCCCCACUUAUGCAUAGAGCUCCUCCACCUCCACCGUUGCCUCCUACUGUUGGAGAACCACCUCCACCACCACCUUCUGGGGUACCGCCACCUCCACCGCCGCCUUUUGGAGUUGAAUCACCACUUCCAGCACCACCUUUUGGAGUUGGACCACCACCGCCACCACUACCUCCAGGGGGAGGAGCACCACCUCCGCCACCACCUCCUGGAGGAGGAGCACCACCUCCGCCACCACCUCCUGGUGGAGGAGCACCACCUCCGCCACCACCUCCUGGAGGAGGAGCUCCUGGCCCUCCAGCACCACCUGGAGCUGUUGGUGGUGGACCUCCACCGCCUCCACCAUUCGGUGCCAAAGGAGCUGAUGCAAGAGGAAGAGGGCGUGGGCUAUCACGUUCAGGAGCUAUUCAAACGGCUAGGAGAUCCUCCUUAAAGCCCUUACACUGGAGUAAAGUCUCAAGGGCAAUACAAGGAAGCUUAUGGGAAGAAUUGCAAAGACAUGGAGAGCCUCAAGUUGCACCAGAAUUUGAUGUGUCAGAGCUUGAGACUCUUUUCUCCAACGUUGUUCCUAAGCGUUCAGGUGAUAAAGGGAAAGGCAAGUCAGCUGGACCGAAAACUGACAAAGUCCACCUGAUUGACUUGAGGAGGGCUAACAACACUGAAAUUAUGCUCACUAAAGUUAAGAUGCCACUUCCUGAUAUGAUGGCUGCAGUGCUAGCAAUGGAUGAUACGGUAUUAGAUGUUGAUCAAGUGGAAAAUCUCAUAAAAUUUUGUCCAACUAAAGAGGAAAUGGAACUUCUCAAGAACUACACUGGUGACAAGGAGAGUCUAGGGAAGUGUGAACAGUACUUUUUGGAGCUGAUGAAAGUGCCACGAGUAGAGUCAAAACUAAGAGUGUUUUGUUUCAAGAUUCAGUUCCGAACUCAGGUUUCUGAAUUUAAAAGGAGCUUAAAUACUGUAAAUUCUGCAUGUAAUGAGGUACGAAAUUCCCUUAAAUUGAAGGAUCUCAUGAAGAAAAUUCUCUAUCUAGGAAAUACAUUGAACCAAGGAACUGCAAGGGGUGCUGCUGUUGGGUUUAAGUUGGACAGUCUUCUAAAGCUCACAGAUACACGUGCUUCUACCAGCAGGAUGACGCUAAUGCACUAUCUUUGCAAGGUCCUAGCUGCCAAGAAACCAGCUCUAUUAGAUUUUCACCUCGAUUUUGUUAGCCUUGAAGCUGCAACUAAGAUACAAUUAAAAGCUUUAGCAGAAGAAAUGCAAGCUAUAAUUAAGGGAUUAGAAAAGGUGAAGCAGGAGCUGGCUGCCUCAGAAAAUGACGGUCCUGUUUCCGAAGUUUUCCAUAAGACAUUAAAGGAAUUCGUUAGUGGUGCUGAAGCGGAGGCAGCAUCUGUAACAAAUCUAUACUCUACGACGGGUAGAAAUGCAGAUGCACUUGCACUCUAUUUUGGUGAGGAUCCUGCCCGAUGCCCAUUUGAGCAAGUUACUUCAACACUCUUAAAUUUUGUGAGGUUGUUUCGAAAAGCACACGAAGAGAAUGUAAAGGAGGCUGAAGCGGAGCAGAAGAAAGCCGAGAAGGAGGCUGAAACAGAGAAGAAUAAGGGAAAGCAGGAAGCGGAAUAGUCAAGGAUCAGUUUCUAUAAUCCUACAAAGGUAAUAUAGCCCUUGUAUAGCAGCUGAUGUCUGUGCCAAAGAGUUCACCUAAAUGACAGGAAAUGUUGCUUUUGAGGGCUGAUGAGAUGAUGAUGCCUGCCUUCGGAGAUGUUGUAAAUGAGGCAAGGACCUUGUCCAGGAAGCUUGCAGGCCUCGAACUUUGCAUGAGGCUUCAGGGACAUUUUCUAUGGUAAGAUGCUCAAUCCCAUUAUUGUUGAAUGAUCGAUGAAACUUUCGGAGUAGAUGUCCCAUGGACCAAGCUUCGAAGCCGAGUGGUUAUGAUCACAACCAAGCAUGGAGGUUCUCAGUGCAAGUUAUCAAGGUCAGUGCAAUGACACUUCUAGCAUUAAUCCAAUGCUUGGCGGUGUUAGGCGAUCUCUUUUCAGCUUCCACCAUUCAUUUAUUGUAUUUUCUUCAGCACCAGAGAGUGGAUGUGGGACAUUAAACCCCUGAAAAUCCUUACUGUACCAUGACAAAGUGUAGGUGUAAAAAGCUCUAACCACACACGGAGUAAGCAUCCAAUUCAUUUUUCUUGUAACAUAAAUCAUUUUUUUUGUUUUUUCAUUUUAGUUCUUUUUUCUCCUGGAAAAAAAGUGGAGAAUUUUUUGACAGUAGCCAAUCAUAGAAAAGAGAUUGUAUAGGGUGUUAGAUUUUAGAAAUGAGAAGAAAUUAGAAGACAGGCAUUCUUAGUGUAAUUGUAAUAUAGCAUCAAAAUCUUGCUGUCCAUUUUAAACAGCUUUGAUAUUCUUUCAUUUGAUUUGAUUCCUCAAUCACGAAAAUAUAUCACGAAAA